AUAUAUGAACAUUUGUGCGUCUCUCUUCUAUCAGCAGCAUCAUCCCGAGCUAGCUAGCUCCUCGAUCGAUCCAUAGGCCAUAGCCAUGGCAACCAAAUCGACUCCAAGCAUGGGGCCUUCGUUCUUCAACUUCCUAAAGGAAGGCCUCCUCCUCCCGGCCCGCAACCGGAGGCUCUUCUUGGCGGUCUACGCCGUCGUCAUCGCCUCCACCGCGCUGCUCCUCCUCGGCGGCGACCUCGCCGUCCAGCCCCUCGCCGACGAGAUCCAGCUGGACGCCAAGGCGCUGAACAGCACCGACCCCGGCAGCCCGGAGUUCGCCAAGCUCGUGCAGGAGAUCCAGGAUGACACCAGGGAGCUCCUGCUCGUGGGCGCGGGGUUCCUCCUGUUGGCGGUCGUCGUCAGCUCGGCCGUCCGGAUCGUCCUCCUCUUCGCCGCCGUCUCCACGUACUCCGACGAGGAGCAGCCUGCUGCUACCUCCUUGGGCGCGCUCCUGGGGAAAGCCAAGGCGCAGCUCAAGGGCCCUCUGCUCACGCUCGCCUUCGUCUACGUCCUGGAGAUCGUCUGCACCGUGCUUCUGGCGUUCGUGGGCGCGCUUCUCGGCGUCCUCAUGGUCAUGCUGAAGCAGUACUUCGCGGUGCUCCUCCUGGCGUCAAUUCUAAUCGUCGGUGCGGCCACCGUCUUCCUCGUGUACUUCUCUUUCCUGUGCUCUUUCAGCAUCGUCGUGGCGGUGGCCGAACCCGGCUGCCACGGCGCGGCCGCGUUAGGCAGGGCGUGGAGGCUGGCCAAGGGGAAGAGGAGGCAGGUCGUGCUGUACGUCGCCGUUACCGGCGCCCUGGCCGCCGUCUUAUCGCCGGUGCACACGCUCGCAAGGACGUGCGCGGGUGAUGAUAGCGUGGCGCUUGGGCUGCUCCUAGAUUUUGUGUACGCGGUUCUGAUGGCACUGGUGCAGUUGUUCGCCGUCUGCGCCAUGACCGCGUUCUACUACGAGCGCAAAGAGAACAGCGACAACCAGCUGGGGGCUACUGGAUACGCCAAGUUGUCGUCAACGGAAGAAGCAACCGCUUGAUCAUUCUACUUGUCAUACCGAUUGGUUGCCAUGUACUCCCUCCGUCCAGAAUUACUCAUCCAAAAAAUGAAUGUAUUUAAAUGUAUUUUAGUUAUAGAUACAUUCAUUUUUAUCCAUUUCUAUAACAAGUAAUUCCGAA